AUGAGCACCCAAAAUAAAACCAACCCAGAUUCUGCUGCUACGAGCGCUGUUCUCCAUCGAGAUACCCGCUUUCUCCCCAAAAAGGCCGUCGGUGGUAAAGGCAGCUAUCUUUUCCUCGAAGAUGGCACCAAGUUCCUGGACUCGACGGGCGGCGCUGCUGUUUCCUGUUUAGGCCACGGCCAUGAGAAAGUGGGCCAGGCCAUUGUCGACCAGUUCAACCGAAUUGAGUAUUGCCACACUGCAUUCUUCGGGACAGACGUAUCUGAGGAGCUUGCUCGUUUUCUUGUCGACUCAACGGGCGGGAGAUUAUCUAAAUUGUUUGUGAUCAGUUCCGGCUCUGAGGCCGUCGAGGCUGCACUUAAACUCUCCCGCCAAUACUUCCUUGAGCUGUCUACACCCCAGCCCCAACGAACACGAUUCAUCGCCCGCAAGCCCUCUUUUCAUGGCACCACUUUAGGCGCCCUGGCAGCUGGCGGUCACGUUCUCCGUCGCCAACCUUUCGAGCCUAUAUUAUCACAAAACACCUCUCACGUAUCUCCAUGCUACGCUUACCGAGGGAAGAAAGAUGGCGAAUCAGACGCAGACUACGUCGUGCGACUUGCAGACGAACUAGACGCUGAGUUCCAGCGCGUUGGCCCUGAUACCGUCUGCGCUUUUAUCGCGGAGCCUAUCGUUGGAGCGGCUCUGGGCUGCGUCCCCGCUGUCCCAGGCUACUUCCCCGCCAUGAAGGCCGUUUGCGAGAAAUACGGGGCCCUCUUUAUCCUUGACGAGAUAAUGAGCGGUAUGGGUCGCUGCGGUACCCUGCAUGCCUGGGAACAGGAAGAUGUUGUCCCGGACCUUCAGACAAUCGGGAAGGCGUUGGGAGGCGGAUACGCUCCCGUCUCGGGUCUUUUGAUCUCGGAUAAGGUCGUGCAGGCUAUUGACAAGGGAACUGGUGCGUUUCGCCAUGGCCAGACUUACCAGGGUCAUCCGGUUUCGUGUGCGGCUGCGUUGGCUGUACAGAAGGUCAUUAAGGAGGAGGGGCUGUUAGAGAAUGUUCGGAGGAUGGGUGCGUAUUUGGAAGAUAGACUGAAGAAGGCUUUGAGUGGAAACCCGUAUGUUGGAGAUAUUAGAGGCAAGGGCCUGUUUUGGGGGAUUGAAUUUGUCAAAGACAAAGCCACAAAAGAACCUUUCAGUACCGACGCUGCGAUAGCAUUCCAUAUCCAGGAAACAGGGUUGAAGGCUGAAUACGCAAUCUCACUAUACGCUGCGCCGGGGACUGUUGAUGGGGUUCGAGGAGACCAUGUUAUUAUAGCGCCGCCUUAUAAUGUUUCCAAGGAGGAGAUCGAUAUCAUCGUGGACACGACUGUUCGGGUCCUUGAUGCGGUUUUCGCGCAGGUCUCGGGAUCUUAG